CCACCAUUUCCUCGCAAGAAAACAAGACCAGGAUCAGAGCUCCGGCCCAUGCCAAGAACAAGAAGCUCCUCUCUCCUUCCUCCUCCCUCUCUCUCUUCUGCAUUUGGUGGGGGCUCUGCUCCGCUCACUGCUCACUGCUCACUGCUCCCCACCCCACCCAGUACAAAACCACCACCGCUACCUAGCUUCGGAGACACAGCAGUAGACCACUACUGGACACAACACUCUCUGCCUGCCUCCAUAGCUAGUGAAGCAGAGCGCGCCAUUGCCUUGCUUGCAGAGCGAAGCAGAGGUCGCCAUGAGAGCCAUCGCGGCGGCGAAGGGCCCGCACGGGCACGACCCCAUGUCGUCCUCGAGGAGGCACUUCAGGUGGCCGGUCCUCGGCAAGAGCGGCAGCCGUGGCGCCGGCGCGGCCAGCGGGGACGAGGGGUACGUGAGGGGCUCGGAGGCCGAGGAGGAGGAGGAGGAGGACGAGCGCGCCAUGGCCUUCUCGUCCGCCUGCCCGUCCUUCCACUCCGAGGACUUCGUGUCCCCUCCCAAGAAGCCGGCGCCGCAGGAGGAGAAGCAGCCGAAGCAGCAGCAGAGGAAGAAGGUCCGGACGGCGGUGGCGCGGCUGCGGUCGGCGCUGUCGGCGGCCGUGUCGGGGCGGCGGCGGCAGGUGGGGCUGGGCGCGCGGCUCAACGGCACGCUCUACGGCCACCGGCGCGGCCACGUGCACCUGGCGUUCCAGACGGACCCGCGCGCGUGCCCGGCGCUGCUGCUGGAGCUGGCCGCGCCCACGGGGGCCCUGGUGCGCGAGAUGGCGUCCGGCCUGGUGCGCAUCGCCCUCGAGUGCGAGCGCGCCAAGGCGGCCGCCGGGGGCGGCGACGGGGGCGGGAGGAAGCUGGUGGAGGAGACGGUGUGGCGCGCGUACGUGAACGGGAAGAGCUGCGGGUACGCGGUGCGGCGCGAGUGCGGGGGCGCGGACUGGCGCGUGCUCCGCGCGCUGGAGCCGGUGUCCAUGGGCGCCGGGGUGAUCCCCGCGGCGAGCUGCGGCGGCGGGGAGGGCGACGUGAUGUACAUGCGCGCCCGGUUCGAGCGGGUGGUGGGGUCCCGCGACUCGGAGGCCUUCUACAUGAUGAACCCCGACAGCAGCAGCUCCGGCUCCGGCAUCAAUGGCGGGCCCGAGCUCAGCGUCUACCUCCUCAGAGUCUGAUCGGCCGGCGGCCCGGCACGGUGGAUGGUCGACGUCACGCGCCAGCCAGCAGCGCUGGUCAUCAACUCAAUUGGCGUUUUUUCGUUUCUGUGCAUUCGGUUCGUGGAAACGGGUUAGACUUGAUGGGGCGUUUACGCUCGUUGGAAGCGUAAAUUCGGUUGGAACUUGGGAACCAAAUACUACGUUUUGUUGUUUAGCAAGCAGGGGAGUCAUUUGCUAAUGUUGGAUGUAAUGAUUCUGUAGAUUGAGAUGAAUAGUUUGGAUGGACUCCGGACAAUGAAUUGGAGUGGUAGUAGCCCUACCAGUAGUACCACGCAUGUUGUCAUCAUCAAUAAAAUAGUUGUAUUAUCAUCGGGCA